GAUCGUCAGUUGUUUGUUGGGAGUCUACUUCGUUAUUAAAGAAACAAAGUUUGUUUGCAGCGUAAAUGGGUGUCAACCAUGGGCAAAUUCCCCGGCAAGCCAUCAAAAACGUCGACGCGGAAGCGAAUUAAAGUGUCGGAGUGUGUAACGGAACUAGUGAACGAGUCAGUCAGGGCCGCUCAAGUGAUAUAUUAUGGCCUUACUGUGUUUAACGAAACGUUUGGAAACGAGGAGCAGGUUAUUGACUUUCGUGGAUUCACACAUCAACAAGUCAAGGAAGCAGUAGAAAAUGCGAGGAACUUCCAUAAAAGAAGAAAGUCAACUGAUGGUGAAAACAAAGAUACUGCUAAUUUUAUUAAUAAAUUUGAAAGUGAUCUAAAGGAGAUUGGGUUUAGUGCAAAGUGCUGUGAUGGGCAAGGGAAAUCGGAUUCGGAUAGCAUUGUGGUUGAUAGUGAAAAAUGUUUUGAUGGUGGUGGCAAAAGAAAUUCAGUGAUUGCCGUUAGACGUAUGAAACGAAUGAGGAAGUAUGACGGCAGGACGAGGAAUCCACCCUCUGUGAAGAAUGUGAUGGCAAGGAAACUUUUGCGUAGGGCAAAGAAAACAUCUAGUACAACUCCAUUGGCUGUCGAUAAUUGCCAGCAAGAAAAGGGCGCAUCAGGUGCAUCUCGAAAGUUUGUGCUUCCUAGUCACAGCGCUCAUUCUUCUCGUGUGAUAAAACCUAAUAAGAAAUUUAUAGAUAACGACGCUGUUACUUCUGAAACCUCGACUGGUUUAUCUCCUCCAGUAGAUCUUAAGAAAUCUAAGAGUGUGUCUAGUGAGUCUCUGAAUUCGGACAUUCCACAAUCGGUUAAGUGUUUGAGUACAGUGGAAAACAAACAGUCAGAUUCAAGUGAUGUCAAAAAAACCUUGUGCAACCUUCGAACUGCGAAUGUGAGAAGGGAAAGUGCAUCCGGAAAUACUGUAGAUUCCUCAGGCCUUAUAUUGGAAGGAAAGCGCAAGUGGAAACCUUCAUAUAAGUUAGGUCUGCAGUUGAACUGGUACGGUGGUACAGCUGAUGGUGAUGAUACUGGCAGAAGAAGAGUGAAACAAGAUGAUAAAACCGAAAGCUCAGCACGUUGUCCAGAAAAAACCACCUCCCCUUCCUCUACAACAAUCAGUGCCAGUGUAGACGAUUUUGAAAUUCGAAGUGAUGAAAAACAAAGUAGUACUUUUUCUAGGUCGCCAGGUAAAGUGAUUUUACGGCAGGCACGUCUGAAGCUCAACACACAAUCGUCGUCUGUAAAUGACGGUCCAUUCAGUCAUGGCUAUGGUGCAGGUGGAGCACAUUUACCAGAAACUGUGGAAUGUGGGGUCUGUGGUGCUGUUAGAUUUUAUCGAUUUGUAAAACAGGCCCGCAAAUUUGGAAUAUUCAGUUGUGAGUCAUGUCGAAAGUUCAUUUCUAAGAUGAUCAAGAGACAGUCCUCUCUGAAAGGAAGUUCAUCACCUUUGGAAUGUCACAAAGGCAAAGGAAUGUGUUCUGUCCCGCCAAUUGUCAGAAGCCAACAGUGGAAAGCUGGUCGUGGUACACUGGUCAGGUGUAACUACAAAGCUCGUUGCCCUGCUUGUUGGUUGAAAAUGUGUCUGAGGUCUUUCAAGAUGCCUGAGGACAUCCGUGGGAGGCUGCAGUCUCUUCUACCACAUGCAAUGCAGGAUAGCUUGGAAACUAUUUCUGGUCAGCUGCUGUUGAAUCCAGAGGAAACUGCAUUACCAGUUGCAGAAAGAAGAAGUGAAUCAGACUACAGCAGCAAAAGACUUAGGAGAAGACUGAAACUGCAACAUAAACAAACAUUGAGACUGCUCAGAAAGGAUGAUAAUGGCAAGCAAAAUGGAAAUACUAAAUUGAACACUUCAGUUACACAUUCGAGAAACAGUAUUAGAGUUUCAAAAUUCCUUAGAAGGGCAGCAAGUGGCUUAAACCAUACGGAAGAUGCAGCUGGUGAUACAAAUCGCAAAGUGAUCACACGCAAGCGAAAGAGAAGGAAGUAUUUGCUGAGGAGAAAGAAGUCAGAAACAAUGAAUGAGAAGAUUAGCAGUGAGAAAUCUGCUCCCGAACAACGUCAACGAGUUGAUCUGAAAGGUCCUCGUGUGAAACAUGUUUGCCGAAGUGCUUCUAUUGUUCUGGGGCAACCUCAGGCAACGUUCCCAACAAUUAAGACUAGUGGUCAAUCAAAGAAGCGAGAUGCAGCUAAAGGAUUGGGCGUUCCACCACAUCAUCCUGAGCUACCUGCAACUGAAGAUGAUGGAAGAAAGUCAAACGAAAUACAGAAGAAUCAGCCAACAGCAAAGUCAGGAGUAGAAGAAUCUGACUCUACAAAAUCCUCCACACAUGGAUCAUCGGGAAUACAGGAUGAUGCUCCUUCAUUACUUUCAUCAGCUUCUUGCAGAAAAGUGACUAGGUUGCAUACCUUGCCUCCUGCUAUGGGGAAGGAUAGGUCACAGGAAUCUUCCCAUCAGAUGACCAUAGACUUUUGGGAGAGCUAUGACCCAGAUGAGGUUUGCAAUACAGGAUUUGCUUUAAUUUCGUCUGAACCAUUCCCAGUACGAGCAGUUUGUUUUCUUUGUGGAAGUGCUGGUCAAGAACAACUUAUUCACUGUGCCUCAUGUUGCGAGCCAUACCACAGAUUCUGCCUGGAAGACGGCCUUCGUGAUCCAAACAUAAAAGCGUUUGGCGGCACCUCACUGUCAAACUGGGUGUGUCAACGCUGCACGGUGUGUUCAGUGUGUGGUAAUGGGCAAGGACAGCAGCUCAGCUGUCAGCGUUGUCAUCGCACUUACCAUACAGAUUGCCUGAGUGGUCGACGACUCCACAGUGCCGAUAGACCAUGGGUUUGUUCAACAUGUCUCCGAUGCAAGAGCUGUGGUACUGAAAAUGUGACUAAUUUUGUGGGUAACAUUCCACUCUGUAAAGCAUGCUUUAAACUGCGACAGAAAGGGAACUAUUGCCCUUUGUGCCAGCGUUGUUAUGAAGACCAUGAUUAUGAUACCAAGAUGAUGGAGUGCGUGAAAUGCAAUUGCUGGGUCCAUUCAAGAUGUGAAGGACUUUCAGAUGAAAAAUAUCAUAUACUCAGCUACCUUCCAGAUACUGUAGAAUUUAUUUGCAGGAAGUGUUGUGAGAAGCCUCCUGCUCCAUGGUGGUAUGCUGUUGAAGAAGAGAUGAAAGCAGGAUACCUAACUGUGCUGAAGUUACUGAGCAAAAAUCGUAAAGCUUAUUCGAUGCUCAGAUGCAGUCCAAAGAAACACUGUGAAUAUCAUCCCAAUUUAAUAGAUGAUGAUAACAUAAAUACACAUUCGGAUCCCACUGCCAUUGGAAAUAUGUGCUUGGGUGAAAAGACUGACUCAAAUUGUGAAGACAACACAUUUCUCAGUAUUACAGAUCUGCAUGUUGAGAAUGUAGAAUAUAGUGUGGAAGUAAAAACGACGUAUGAAGUUGAUGAUGACAACAAUGAAUUUUUGGCAGAUUCAAAACGUGACAAUAUCUGUGCCAGAGAUCAGAGAUUGUCAAAUCGUGAAUAUAGUUUGCAUAAUAGCUGUUCAGAUGAAAAAUGUUUUCCUCACUCCCAAGGGCAAACUGUUGUACCAUACCUGUCAGAAAACUCUCUUAGACUUUGGCGAGAGAAAUAUAACUUAAAAGAAUGUUCUGUUCGCGUAAAGGACUGUGUUUCCAAGGACUUGCAAAACUCACUUUUCCCAGUUAAAGUUGAUGUUCAGUGUACAGAUUUAUCUGAUACCUCUGCCUUCGAUACUACUAAAUCGCCUUCUAAAGUGCAUCAGGUUUCACUUGCGACACCUACAAGUGAUUCUGGCAUUAGCAGCACUGAUGAAGAAUUGAAAAUUUGUGGGGGAAAUGAUGCAGAGGAGCUGAAGGAACAUGCAUUAUCAUGUUUGGGUUUUGUAGCUUCCAGCCGUUUGCUGUCAUUAGAACAGUGUAGCAGCAGCAGGAGCUUUGAAAAUUUUACUGAGGCCAGUUCCAAGAAAUUGUGCAAUGAUGAUAUACCAAAGGAUGAGUUUCUUGAAUGCAACUGUUUGGAAAAUUUGAAACACAAGUCAUCCUUAACAUUUCUGUCUGUAAAAAAUAAAGUUAAUUCCAGUGAGUACACGUCAGUUCUGCAGUUUCAUCAGGAAAUGGAAGACAUCCUAAAUAAAUCUCACUGCUCUGAUUUACUUCAGCUAUAUUAUCACAAUAUGCAGGAAGUUUUCCCAUGGUUUAAUCCUAAAUUUGCACGUGUUUCAAAUAAUCCUGUUUGUGAACAUAACUCACAACCAAGUAAGAGGAGAAGAAUCAUUUCAGAAAAAUCUAGCACCGAUGAUCAUAAUAGUUCAAUGGAAGUGUCAAUAUUGGAUGAUUCUUUUCAUGCUGUUCCUGAUAAAAUGUUAGGGAAAUCCUUAGAUGAUUUCUACAGCGGGUAUUCUGUCCAGGAUAAUAGAGUUUGUGUCCUUUGUAAAGGUGUUGGUGAUGGGUUGCCCGCUGAAGAAGGCAGACUUUUGUACUGUGGACAGAAUGAAUGGGCACACACAAACUGUGCUCUGUGGUCAGCAGAAGUGUUUGAGGAAAUAGAUGGAUCACUACAGAAUGUUCACAGUGCAAUGUCUCGAGGCCGUCAGAUACGAUGUGAUCAUUGUGGAAAAAGAGGUGCAAGUGUAGGAUGUUGCACACGAAAUUGUCCAGAAACCUUCCAUUUCCCCUGUGCGAGGAAAGUGAAUUGCACUUUUAUGGAUGACAAAAAUGUUUUCUGCCCAUCCCAUGCAAAAGGUGCCACUGGUAAAGUUCUGCACAAUGAAUCAGAUUUUGAAAUAUGCCGCCCAAUUUAUGUGGAACUAGACCGUAAAAAGAAGAAGUUUGCUGAACCUAAAAAGGUUAGGUUAAUGAUUGGUUCACUUUCAGUUGAAAAUAUAGGAGAAUUUGUUAGUGAAGUUUCUGAUACUCCAGAGGCUAUUAUACCAAAUGGGUUUUCGUGUACAAGAUUAUUUUGGUCUUCGAUAGAACCGUGGAGAAUAGUUCGAUAUCACAUUAAAACUGUGCUAUGUAAUAAAAAUGUACCUCAGUCUCCUGACUGUGGAAAACACAUGACAGUAGAUCAUAGUCAAGAAAGGCAUGUAGUCGAGGAAAAACUUAAUGAAAUUUCCAAAUGGAGACAUGAAAUUAAAACAAAUGACACAAAGAAUCUGAAAGAUAACUCAAAAUUAUCUUCUAAAAUUAACCAGAAGAAAUUUUCCAAAUUUAAAAGAAGAAUUCCGUACCGCAAGUAUCAGAAUAAGCGAAAGUGUCAUUCACUUGAUGAUAAAAUUGUUUAUCAGGUUGUCAAUUACAUGUUAGACAUUGUGAGCAGUAAAGAUGUUGAUGAGAAUUCACUUCAUGACUCACAAAAUGCAGCUGAUCUUUUGCCUCCUGAACUAAAAGAAGCUAUUUUUGAAGAUCUGCCUCACGACCUUAUAGAUGGCAUUUCAAUGCAGGAUAUAUUACCGAAGCUGAUGGUAUAUGAAGAAAUGGGGGCUAUGGAGAAAAGUGAUGGAUUUUAUGGGAAUGAUCCAUCAGUGACAGAAAAAGAAAUUAGUAGUACAGAUGAGGCUAAUCUCAUAAAUAAUCACCAUAUGGGAAACACCAAAAAACCUGGUUUUCUAGAAGUGAGUGUGCAAGAUCAAGAUGAUUUGUGCCACAAGAGCACUCUUUCAAAGCAAAAGUCUGCAGAGAAUGCCGGUUUGAGUAAAAAUAAAGUAAAACGAACCAAGAGAAUGAAACUGAGAAGAACAAAACACAAUAAUGUUGUCGACAUUACAUCUGAUGAACCUCCUAAAAGACGGAAACGAGCGUGUAGUACGACAUGGAAUUGUAAACGUGAUGGUAACUACUCUUCGGCAUACAAAAGACGGAAAUUAUCUCACACCGUUGGAAGGAGUGUGUGUGAAAAUCCUUUUGUUGUUAUUGUUGAUUCAGAUGCAUCACAUACUUUGCAGGAAUUGCGCUUGCCAGAAUGUGGUCACGUAACACUUUCAAGAUCACCGCCGUCGGGUGUUUCAUCUACUGCAACUGAGUCACCUGCAGAACUCAAGUGCGGAGUCGAUGAGGAGUCGCCGUCGGACAGCAGUAAGGGGAAAGUCACACUCACAAAGGAAGAAGGGAAGGAAAACAAAUUCCUACCUUGGAACAGCCGCCCACAAACACGAUUCCUCCAGUUAGAUGGUACUGUCGAUCCCUUGAGUAGCAGUGGCAGUGAAGGUGGUCGAUCUCCUCGUUCUGAUGAUGAAAAGCUGUCAGACUGUGCUUACGAAGCAAGUUCCUCAUCAUUGAGAAGUUGUGGCCAAUGUCAACGUUGCAGUUCAGAUUUUAAUUCUGGAGGUAAUUUUGGAGCUGUUUGUAACUGUAGCUCUAGCUCAAGCCAGGCGCACGGAAAGAGUUGGUACAAGACAUAUGAUACUGAAGAAGAGCCAGUGCGCUGCACUCAGUGUCGCUGUACCUACAGGACAAAGAAAAGUUUUGAGCGCCAUUUGUCAACAUGCUGCAAUGAUUUUAUGCUUUCGACAAGUGAAAGUGAUUCAGAAAAUACACGCUCUAGUGAGGAAGAAUGCACCAAAAAGCAGCAGUUUGAUACAACUGAAUCUUGUUGUAAUGUAGGUGAAAGUGUUCUGGGAGAGACUGAUGCCACAGAUUUGUCUAUGCGGAGUGAAAGUGUUGAGUGCUCUGCUACACCUCCUCAGAACUCACCUGUACUUGAAAGACUGAAAUUGAAGUCAUCCUCGAAGUUUGAAGUUGAGAGUAAUGUGGUCGACGGGGUGAGUACCCAUACGUCGAUUGUAGAUACCGAUCCGCAUUAUCAACAGCAUCUGUGUCAGGGUAACAGCUACAUCCAGGUUCAGUCGAGUCAGCAUUCUAAUGCACCAGCAGUAAUAAUGCAGCAGGUACCAUCUCCAAGCGUUGUUCCUACAUUUAUUGAAGCUUUCCAGCAACAAACAGGACAGAACUUACAGCUGGUUGCAACUAUUGAUACACAUUCUAAUGGGUAUAACAAACAACAGUUUGUCAGUGCAAAUCCUUUAGUCUCAGGAAAUUACCCUGUUCAGGCACCAGAAAGUUUUGUAAGGCUUCCCUUGAUGCCAAAUGUCCAGUCACCAGCUCCCCAUUCUGCAUUUCUUGGGACAGUACUUCCUCCCACACAGCAAAAUGCGGUUCAUUGUGUUUCGGCAGAGCAGACAAUGAUUGGUUGUACGCCAUCUUUGGAAAUGUAUGGGACACAGCCAGGAGGAAUGUAUUUAGCUGGACAGCCUAUGUAUAUUUCAAAUUAUGAGACAGUAGUCAGUAAUACAGUUAUGUCUUCGAGCCAACUUGUCUCUGCUGCUCUACCUGGUGUGGUUGCUGCGAGUAGCAGUUUUUCAGCAACUACGACACAAGUGUUUCAGGCUAGCAAAUUAGGAUCUGUAAUUGAAUUAACAUUAGAACCUGUUGUGGAAGUCCAGCCAAGUUACCUUAUUAUUAACCAACAAACUCCUAUUUCAAAUUCCCCUGUUAGAAAUACAGAGUAUGUAAACUGCCCACCUUCGACUGUCAGCAUGCAAGUGCCUUCGUAUGAUCACUCUUUCUUGCCAGUUCAACAAGUGUGCACAGAGGAUCAAGCUGUUCAGUACCCUGAAUCAUCUAGCACGUGUACAUCAGUUACGUUAAAGACAGUUAUGAGAAGCGAGAAUCGCAGGCGAACAAUCCCUGAAAUGACAAAGAUUGUGACACCCAGAUGUGCGAGCACCAGUGUUGAUGUGGCCCCUGAAAUGUCUAGUGUUGUGACUCCUAGGUGUGUAAACAGUGGUGGGCAUACGUGCUUUGAAAUGUCAAAGGUCAUGACACCCAGAUGUGUGAGCAAUAAUGGUAGCCCGAUUUCUGAAUUUCCAAAGAUCAUGACACCUAGACGUGUGAGCAGUAGUGUUGGCACAGAUCAUGAAUUUCCAAAGAUCAUGACACCUAGACGUGGGAGCAGUAGUGUUAGCACAGAUCAUGAAUUUCCAAAGAUCAUGACACCUAGAUGUGUGAGCAGUAGUGUUAGCACAGAUCAUGAAUUUCCAAAGAUCAUGACACCUAGACGUGUGAGCAGUAGUGCUAGCUCAGAUCAUGAAUUUCCAAAGAUCAUGACACCUAGACGUGUGAGCAGUAGUGCUAGCACAGAUCAUGAAUUUCCAAAGAUCAUGACACCUAGACGUGUGAGCAAUAGUGUUAGCACAGAUCAUGAAUUUCCAAAGAUCAUGACACCUAGACGUGUGAGCAAUAGUGUUAGCACAGAUCAUGAAUUUCCAAAGAUCAUGACACCUAGACGUGUGAGCAGUAGUGUUAGCACUGAUCAUGAAUUUCCAAAGAUCAUGACACCUAGAUGUGUGGGCAGUAGUGUUAGCAUAAAUCCUGAAUUUCCAAAGAUCGUAACACCUAAAUGUGUGAGCACUGGUGUGAACACAUCCUUUGAUAUGUCAAACGAUACAAAACCUGAAUUUCCAAAGAUCAUGACACCGAGAUGUGCUAGCACAAAACCUGAAUUUCCAAAGAUCACGACACCAAGAUGUGUUAGCACAAAUUCUGAAUUUCCAAAGAUCAUUACACCUAGACGUGUGAGCAACUUUGUUAACGCCGAUUCUGAAUUUCCGAAGAUCAUGACGCCCAGACGUGUGAGCAACUUUGUUAACGCCGAUUCUGAAUUUCCGAAGAUCAUGACGCCCAGACGUGUAAGCAACUUUGUUAACGCCGAUUCUGAAUUUCCGAAGAUCAUGACGCCCAGACGUGUGAGCAACUUUGUUAACGCCGAUUCUGAAUUUCCGAAGAUCAUGACGCCCAGACGUGUGAGCAACUUUGUUAACGCUGAUUCUGAAUUUCCGAAGAUCAUGACGCCCAGACGUGUGAGCAACUUUGUUAACGCCGAUUCUGAAUUUCCGAAGAUAAUGACACCCAGGCGCGUAAGCACUGGUGUCAACACGCCCUAUGAUAAAACAAAGAUCAUGAAUCCUAGACUUGGUGCCCACACACGUUUUGAAAUGGCAAGAAUUAUAACACCUAGAUGUGUGACCAGUGGUGUUAACACGAGUCCUCCUGCGUCACCUGUCAGAAAUGCUUGUGACAAAUGUUCAGGCAAGUCACAGUCUGACCGUGAGGACUGCCUUAUCCAAGCAGAGCAGCAGCUGUCUGAAAACAGUGGACAUCAGAUAUUCUGCACAUGUCUGCAAUCUAAUACCACUAUCCUUACAAAGCGUGCAGAAUCAGUGUCAACAAGAAAGAAAAACCAAAUUUGCUGUUCAUGUGUGUAUUGCUAUGCAUUUGAUGUUUGCUGUGCAUGUAAGAAGCGCUGUGAGGCAGCAAUAGGAGGACAAGUGCUGACGCAUGUAGUAACGGAAGACGGAGCUCUCAGUUUUAAUCAAAAAUCUUCGGAUAUUCCAGCACAUCUGACAAAUAAUCCUAGCGAAUUGUGGGUAAUCAAUAGAGAACCGGACCACAGUCUAGAAGUUAGCACAGAAUAUAAUGAACCAAAAUGUAUUGCUAAUUUGCCAAAUCGAGCAAUUAGCUAUAACCACAAUCCUUCCUCUAAAGAUCAACUUUGCAAUAAUGAUACGUCCACGUUCAAUACGUCAGCACCUACAGUCAUCAGUAGACGCCCUGGACACAAAGUAACAGAAUCUCCCUGCAAGAGGGAAACACUGUCACAUGGAAAAUACAAAAGAUUGGCUACUAGACAAACCAGUCCAGUUAAUGAUAAUUCAGUUGAAGAGCCAGAUAAAGAAGGGAACGGCAGGUCAGUGUUACACAUUACUGACGCAAUCCCACCCUCUAAAACAGCUGUAAACAGACAUAAUAAUAUCAAAGUAAAAGCUAGUAAUUUAUCUGACAAAUUAUCUUCAUCAAAACCUAUUUUGCAAAAGCAGGGAAAGUUCAGUACAUCUCUAACAAAUGACGAAAGCCGUAUUUUGAAACUGCAGAAUGUUAAUUUUGUUGAUGUUGUGGAAAGUGAUACCUUUGCAGAAGCUGUACUUGUGAACAGAGACGAGGAGGAGGAUGUAGAGUGUACCUCUGGAAUCAGCUUGGACCGUUCUCCGAAAAGAAAGCCUUCAUCAGAAUGUAACACUUCUGUCAGCAGCCCACAAUAUGAUGAACAGAAUGUGGCACGACUGCACACUCAGACAAAUUGUCCAGAAGAGAGGAAAUCCUUUUUCACAUGCAACACUGUUCCACAAGUAAUUGCUGAUGUGUCUGUAUAUAGCAGUGACACUGAAAAAGAAAGAGCAGCAUCUCCAUUGCCAAAAGAUGACUGUGAUGGCAGUAGCUGUGGCGGUGGUGGUGGCAGUGGUGGUGGCGGCUGUGGCGGCGGCGGCGGCAGAAGUGCUACCAAUAACAGGGGCAACUACAUGGAUGUCAGUGAUGAAGAUAAUGCUGGUGAUGCUUAUAGCAGAUUUGGAGCUCACAGUGAUUGUAAUACUGGUGGCAGUAUUGAGAAAGACAGUAGGCCAGAUAUACGUGAUUUGACUACUGAAAAGAAUGUCGAUGACAGUGGUACUAAUGGUUACAAUGAUGAAGAGGAUGACGAUACCGAAUGUUGUGAAGAUGAGGACGAGGAGGAAGAGGAAGAAAAUGGUGACAAUGAUUGUGACGAAGGUGACGAGGAUGAGAAUGAAGACGAUAGUGGUGACGAGGAUGAUAAUGGUGGUGAUGACAGUAGGGACACAUCACCAGUAUACUGUAAUGGAGAAAAUUCUGAAGAAAAAUCAUCUUAUAUUAUGUAUGAAAUCUGUUCUCAAGAUGGUUUUUGUUGCACUUCAAAAUCGUUUAGUGAGGCAUGGCAGAAAGUGUUUGAUGCUGUUCAGAAUGCUCGAAUUGUGAACAAAAUGCCACCACUACCACAGAAUCCAUUUAGUUUGACGCAGAAAAGUUUACAGAUUCUCGGCUUGAAGCAUAAUGCUGUUAGAUAUCUCGUUGAACAAUUACCAGGAGUUGGUCGAUGUGUGAAAUACAAACCUCGUUACCACAAACAACGGACAUCACGACCAGAGGAUGACUUGGACACUUUGCCACCUCCUAAUAAAAGUGGAUGCAUUAGGACUGAACCUUUUAAAUCUCGAAGACCUUAUGACAUGUUCAGUUGGCUGGCCUCCAGCCACAGGAACCCUCCGAAAUUUGUUCAACAAAAUGACAGCGAGUUAAUGAGCAACAGGCGUGCAACGAGCUCCAACCUGCCAAUGGCUAUGCGUUUCCGGCAUUUGAAAGGAACAAACCCAAACAAAGCUGUUGGUGUUUACCAGUCCCAUAUUCAUGGAAGAGGACUGUUUUGUCUUAGAGAUAUUGAAUCUGGUGAGAUGGUUAUAGAGUAUGCAGGUGAAGUCAUUCGUUCAACUCUUACAGACAAGAGGGAGAAAUUGUAUGAAUCUAAAGGCAUCGGUUGUUACAUGUUUAGAAUUGAUGAUCAGUUAGUGGUGGAUGCUACUAUGCGUGGCAAUGCAGCGAGGUUCAUCAAUCAUUCCUGUGAUCCCAACUGCUAUUCUCGGGUGGUGGACAUACUGGGGAAGAAACAUAUUUUAAUAUUUGCACUUCGUAGGAUUCCACAAGGAGAAGAACUGACAUAUGAUUACAAAUUUCCUUUUGAGGAUGUAAAAAUACCAUGUACCUGUGGUUCACGAAAGUGCCGCAAAUAUCUAAACUGAAAUUCUCGUUUUGUGUAUAUGUAGAUAUGUGUGUGUGUGUGUGUGUGUGUGUGUGUGUGUGUGUGUGUGUGUGUGUGUGUGUGUGUGUGUGUGUGUUUUUGCUCUCGCGCUCACCCGUGCAUCAAUAUGAGCGUGUGGCUUGAAGACGAGAACAAAUCUCAUAACAAUUUUUCAUGUGCAAGGUGUUUGUAAAAGUGGUGACCAAAUAUACUCUUGUGAUAAAAAUUAUUGUAAAAGUGUAGUUCUUAAAGUAUUCUAUUUUAAAAUAUGAACUUUCAAGUGUGUUGUUGGAGGAAAUUUUUGGAAUAUUUUUGAGCUGUGAAAUGUGAUAGAUAUCCAAUGUGACAUUCAUUUUCAGUUCUUUGUUUAAUUUUCCUACUUUUUUUUUUAAGUAACUGUAUUCUGAUAUAUAAUUUUGUAUGUUCUGUGUUAAUUGAAAUGGUGUAAUUUCUUCAGUAUGUGAUACUUGUGUAGGUCUGAGUUCCAGUACAUGUGGGUAUGAACAUAAGUUUUAUUGCCCAGGCUGAAAACUUUGCAUGAACAGGGCAAAUUAUGGCAGACCUCUCCAUAUUUUUAUUUUGCUAAUGCAUUUUCCUGUUAGUCUGUGAGUCAUCAUAUGUGAUUGAAUAAAAGAAGGGACACUGAAAAUGGCAAAUUGAGGAAUUAACCAAUUUUCAUGUGACUGGUGACAGAGUAAUUUUGAACUAAGUAGUCUUGAUAUGGUACCAAAGAUUUCAUGUUGUCUUCAGUCCUGCUCUUAGUAAUAUGUUAUGGUGAUAAUUGUACAUUCAGCCAGGAUGCAUAUUACUGUAAUUGUAUAUGUGUGAGUCAUGUAAACAGCAAAAUUUGUUUUCUAAAUAAUUCUAAGUUUUGAUUGCUUUGUUUUUAAAACAACUGUUUAAUUUUGAGAGACUCAAGCCUUUCUGGCAAUGGCUGGGUGGCUACAUGAGGGCUAAUAGCAUAUUUGAAAUAAUUGUCUGUGUUGGAAUUUGACAAAAAAAUUCAUUGUAGACACUGUGUCUCCCCUCUUUGCAAUGUGCCUAAAUGGAAAGUGAGCCACGAGUAUUAGUCAGAAAUAGUAAUUUAAACUGUGAGUUACUGACACAUCAGUAUUUUGAGGAACAGGAUCUGCAGCAGUUGCAUAUUAAUGUAUGUUGACUUCACUAUAAUUUUAUCAGAAUAUAUUGCCAUCUUUACUCAUAUUUUUAAUUAAUGGGACAUCUUGACUGAUUGUAGAUGAAAAAUGCUAAUGCAGCUUGUGUGAUUUAUUUCAUAGUAAGUUAUUAAUUUUAAGCACAUGUGCUGUAUCUGUAACUGGCUGAACAGCUGCCUUAAAACCAUUUAUCAGACACUAAAUAAAUUCUUAAAUUCUGUGCUGUGAUAUUCCGCAGUCCUUUACAUAUGGUAAUGAUUGUGUAGCUUUAGUUUACCUUAAAAAUAGGAAAGACAUACACCUUCUUGAUAUUAUGUUGCGUCUGCUUUGGCAGAAGUGGUACCAUAGUGGAAGAAUAGCAUGCUAACUCUAAUGUGAGAGCAACUACCAGUCCAUUUUGCAAAUGUGACUGGUGCCUGUAAUCACUUAGAAUGAUAUCCCUGCACUGGUUGUGUGUAGGAUGCCUGUAUCUGGGAAGCAUGACUGCAUCUUGCUUUGAGAUACCUGAAUUGUGGAAUGUGGGUGACAUUUGGAUUCUCGUGAAAUUAAAGCUUGCAUAACACAUGGCUUUUGUAACACUACACAUUGCAUUCGCAGUAUUGUAUAUAACAGCUGACAGAAAAGUUUAAGUGUGUUUAUUGUCAGUGUUACUUAAAUACAUCUACUUGAUUUCGAUGUCACAGGACCAGCUAACUAUAAAUAGAUACUGAAAUAGAAUGGAAUGUUCUGGUAAGCAUUGAAAAAUGUCCCCAUUUCUUGUAUCAUUGCAGAACAGUAAACACCCCAGCAGCUUCACAUUCAAUCUUUCGUGUUCAGGUGAUAAAGAAGUAUAUGAAGUAUUUGAGCUCAAUGUUAGUAAUUCACAAGUGUACUAUAUGCAGCAGAUGAAAGAGAGAGAGAGAGAGAGAGAGAGAGAGUGUGUGUGUGUGUGUGUGUGUGUGUGUGUGUGUGUGUGUACAUUUAGCGACUGUAAGAAUGCUUAAGGGAAUGUCAGCAACGUGAGGAUUUUUUUAUACAUAAAUUAAUCACGAAGUUGCAGCAUGUUGACUUUAUUGGGUAAAUCCUCCAUAAAAGCUUCACUAGUCUAUUGGUGGAAGCAACCAUGCCCUGAAGUGAAGUUGUUUAUGGUCAUAAUAUUUUAACUUUGCCAAAAGUAUUGAUUAAUACACUGGUUGUGUAAAUUUUAGUGUGUCUUAGAUUAUUUUCACUUGAGUUAUGUAAAAAUGAUACAAAGCAGUUUGUUCAAAAUGGAAUACAUGAAUGAAAGAGUUGCGUCUAUACUGGUAGGGCAUGAAAUUGCUGAAUCUAGAGACCUGCUGACUGUACCAAUCACUGAAAGGGAUAUGAACUAAACAAAUUUGUUCCCCUUUCUUAUGGCACACUGUCCAGACUUACUUAUUUACAUAAUUGAAAGUAAAUUCCUGUAAUGAGUCUUCUUAUUGACAUUUACUGUAUGGAGCAUGGAUAUAUAAAACAAUUACAUAUAAGACUACAUACAGCCUUACCCAUUCAGGUAAUCUAAGUUCCAUUUGUGGUAUGUAAUGGAAUGCUGUAAUAUGGGAUAUGGUUUAUCCACUAAAUUAGCUAUAAAUAGGAAGUGAAUAUUUGAAAGAUGGGAAUGUAGGUUAUUGGCAAUUUUACAUUUUCUAGA